AUGUUUGAGCCCGACAAGCCUAUAACUAUAUACGCCAAGUACACCCCGUUUCCCGCCUAUUUACUCGAAAGCGACGAGGGCAAACCUCUCAAACCAUCGUAUGUAAUUCUACGGCACCGCCAUUUAGUUCAGCAGCAGCGGUUGAUCCAAGGGCCACCUACGGACCAUGCUGGUGCUAAGCCUACUCGUGGCACCUCGGUGCCUCCUAGGGUGAACAUCGCGCCUCAGACUUCCACCGCUUCCUCUCCUCCAACGAUAUCCGCCGCUCAACAAACACCCGCUGAGGCUUCGGCAGGCCUACUCAACACGAACGCUCAGGACGUCUCCGCAGCUCGCGGCGGCGCGUCAUCUUCCCUGCCUCAACCUCAGGUCCCCCCGCCUGUCCCGCCUGUCCCGCAUCAGGAGAUCUCAGCACAUACUUCCGAUGGCCAGAGCUCGCGCGACCUGCACGUCUCCCGUCAUCAACGUGGCAUCCGUAGUAGAGGCGAGAAGACCACCUGGUUUGCAUCGACAAGUGGAGAACUCCUUCUCAUCCCUCCGGACAUUCCCGCCGCGUGCUUCAGCGAUCUGUAUGUGCACUCGUCACCCAACGGCGUUCAGCAAGUUUGGCUUCGUACCGCAACCGCCCAAUGGCUUUCCAUUGAGUUAUCCCAUCCGCAUCCCUAUCUCAAGGGGUACAUUCUCAACUUCUGCGCCAACCGGGAGCCAUCGUGGGUGACGAAGGCAACCAUGACCACGUACAAUGGUCGCGCGAAGAGGCGCGAGAAGCUGCAGGGGAAGGGGCGGUCGCCUGUACCUGGAUGCUCGGACGUGACAGCGCCCCCGGGCGCAGGGGCCGGUGUUCAAGCGCAAGCGCAAGCACGCUGGAGCCUCAAGUCCUCGCCGUUCGCCCGGCUCGCGCUCUUCGAGUGCUCGUCUCCGCGGGAGCUGCUGCGCCCGGCCCGCGCAGACGAGGAUCCGCGCGCACGACACGCGAAGCCGACAGGGGGCCUGCCACCCGCCUCGCCCAUGACCGACGCAGAAGCCGCCCUCGCGCGCACGCUGCACGCGUUCUUCUGCUCCGCGGGGCCUGUAGACGUCUCCUUUGGGCAGCUGGGCAGCGAGACGGGCACCCAUGCGUCUGGUGUCGGUCACACCCAACCUCGUGUUCACAGCGCACUGUGCGUAAUCAUUCUCCGCCCCACACCCUCGAGCCCUGCGGGCGAGGGAGAGGGCGUUAUGAACGGCGGCGGCGGUGGCACGGAGUGCACCCUGCCCGUCCUUCUGCUCACCGCGCACGUCGACUACUUCCGCCAGCCCACGCACAACCUAUAG